CAACCAUUCAUUGCCAUUUGAACUCACCUCUUCGACGCAUCAACGAUAUGUAGCCAAACAUGCCGACUUCAAGUGGACCGCUAAACCCACAACUAACAGUCACUCUUCUCCUCGCUCUCACUGCCAUCUGGUUCCUGAAACUACGUCAUAAUCGACACGCGCCUCGGCUCUCGACUACCAAACCAUUUAGACUCAUCGAGUCGACCGAGAAUGAGAGAGGCCCAGUGAAGCACCACGAUACGAGAACAGACCAGCCAAGCCAAGGCCUUGACACCAUGGUAAACUCCUCCAAUCGCCUGGCUGAAAUCCCAGAGGAGAUAUUACAGGAAACGCUGCAGUAUCUUGACCAAUCCGAUCUGUACCACUUCGCUCAACUCUGUCGCUGGUCUUACGAUAAAGCUAUUCCGCUGCUAUGGCAAGACAUUGAGCUUGUGGAUUGUCGUACGCCUAGUUCCGAAGUACCCGAUCUUGUUGACGAGCACGACGACACACCCAUCAUUCGCAAACUCCUCGUUCUAGCCACCAAUUCCUGGAUCGCCACCCAUGUCCACUCACUGACACAUCGUUGUCAUCUACCACCACCUGCCAUAUUCUAUGAGCUCCCGAGGAUUAGUUUCCAAGGCCGUACCUUGUCCUGUGAUGUGAGGACGCUUCGGAUACUCCAAAAGGCUUGCCAAAAUCUCAUCAACCUUCAUACUCUGAGAAUCGUCUUUGGUCACUGGAACCUCACUCGCGGUCUUCUGGUUGGAUUGCUUGGUAAUCCGAAUGGCUCCACGAUACGUCACCUCUGGCUUGAGAAUUGCAGCAUCGCAGGCAUCUCCGCAAGGAUCCUUCAAUCGUUCAACCUUCAAGGGCUGGAGAGUCUUCGUAUGCGUCGCCUGCCACUGCUCACUUAUGCUGGAAGGCACGACUCACAAGAAGUGUACAAUAGAGGCUUGUUUCCAGAUUGGCGAACAGAUGGAUCAUUUGACAUGAGGCAGGAUGGCCGAGGUGGUGCAAUCAAGACCUCGACCGAGCUGCUUCGAGUUCAAGAUGCCGCUGUCAGAAAUCUGGUCUUAGCUGGUAACUCUGAACUGGAUCUGGAGGAGGCUGGAAAACAAUUCGACCUGCUGUUCAAGGAAGCCCACAACUUUGACAAUUUGAUCUACAGCCAAUUGCCUGACAUUGGUAUGCUGAUAUCGUCCAUCCAGCAAGAGACUUCCGAUGCGGACAAGUCAGCCACACAAAGUGUAAGGCACCUUCUCGAUCGUCAAGAUCCAGACUUUAUGCCUUCUGAUACAGAUCCGUUUCCCACCUUCAUACACAUCUUGGAACACUCUGCGGCAUCUCUUACUUCUCUGAAUCUUGAUUGGGUGUUGUUCCGCAGAACAGACCGAAGUGCAUCAUCGGAGUCAAGAAGCAGUCUCGAGAAUCUCUUCAACACCUUAUUCAAGAUACAUUUCCCAUGCCUUCGCGCUUUUCAAUUCAGAAACGCAGUGGUUCCGGAGGCUGAGCUACCACAAGACGUCUAUCUUCUGGACACUUGUGGUGUCUCCUCCGGUUCUACUCUUGAGCCAGACAUGUGUGUGGCCUGGCUGGAGAUGCACCCAAGGCUUCGAUGCCUAGCCUGGUCAGCCGAUCGAUUCUUUAGACACCGAAAGGAGACAACACCAGAGCUUCAAUCAAGAGUCGACAAAGUGAUAUCCAAGUUGGGUCGUUCGUUAGAGGAUCUUCGAGUAGACACUGUUUAUAGUAGAAGCGGUGAGUUCAAGACUGAUAACUCAGUUGAUCCGCUGGACACUGCGCGAAGACAAAGCCGUCGACGAUUUGUUUCCGAAUUUGCAGCUCGUAUGCAAAAGCUUGAGAGUCUGAAGCUGGAGGGAGGUAUCCCCCGGGACGAAAAGAGGGAAGCAAUUAGAGCCUUGCGUCAGUCACCACUACAGAAAGUCGUCAUGAUUGGCGUCAAUUGCCCUUUGGGUAACACCUGGGGUUUUUGCGGACGCGACAUAGGAUCUUUGGGUAUCAACGAAGAUCCAAACGAUCCUGAUGACUUCGGUUCGCUCGAGGAAGAAGACAAAGAUGAGAUCAUACGACUCGGCACGACAGGACCAGAUAUCGUCGACUCGAAUGAGGUCUUUGAAGCCGAGUACGGAUGGCCGCCGUCCCCGCCUCUUACACACACACUGGCAUCUUAUCAUGCAAACACUAUCACCGAGCUCAAGUUCUGUGGAUACCGAGGCGCACCACUCCUCUGGAACCCUACACCGAUCGCACAAUACAUGUUGGCACCACUUCGCCAUUUCCACAACCUCCGCCAUCUGAUAUUAUCACUCUGGCUUCACACACUCUGGGAAGGCGAUCACCGCGACGACGAGAUACUGGACUACUGGCUGAACAGAAGGGAUCCAUCUACAACAGCUCUCGUCGUCACAAACGACGAAGAACCUACAGGCUGGGCCAAAGAACUUGCAGAAAAGUACGACCCCAGUGUCAUGGCCGCAAGAAUUGUCACGUUGAUGGGUCCGUAUAUCAGCGAGGAGGCCAAAUCACAAUCUGGAGGUAUGUACGUAAGAGCCAGUUUCUGCAUCGGUAGUUACGGAGGUCUUUUCGACUUUGAUGUCAAUAUCGGCAAGGCUGCUGAUGGAUCUGACGAGUUGAGGAGUUGGAAGGGUCCGAGAGAAGAAUUGCAUUCGGAGAGAAGGGCCGAGAAGUUGAAGAACAGGAGAUGGUUCGGCAUGCCCGUGAGACGUGAUCUCGGCGAUGGACAGCGUAGUAUGUCUACAAGUCUAUGAUGGGUAAGAGCUACAAGAUAGCUACUUGCUGGUACGAUAGGAGAAGCUACUUGCUCGAUCAGAUAAUGGAAGAUUGAAAUUUGCUCCUUGCUGUAUAAAACUAUUGACAUC